AUGAGCGGGAUCGAUGCUGCCCAGGCGAGGCAGCUCUUUGACCGGGGCGGCUUCUUCCUGCUCUCUGGCCUGAAGCAAGGGUCCGAGUUCGGCGUCGACGGCUCGUUAUGGACCGUCCGCAAAUUUGAGGGUGUCAAGUUCCUGCCUGCCGGCCUGCACCUCUUCAUCUUCUCCUCCUCGCCUGCCCUUCUCAAGCCAAAGACUGACUCUGACGAUGAAGAUCAGCCAAGCGAUGCCGGAGCUCUGCCCGGAGGAGGGGUAGAAGUCAGACAUGGACUGUUGCGCUUCUUUGAGGCUGGCGAAGCAGUAUCGAGGGCAUACGACAUCAGCUCAGAUGCCCUGUCUGGCUCGAUGUCUGCUCAAUUGCCCGAGCCAGACAGACCGAAGAAGCGGGCGAGGAAGCUGCAGAUCCUGCCAACAGAGAUCAUCGCUCGAGAUCAGCUACGCUCUGUCGAUGAGCACCUGGCGCCCUACCCCUUCAAGGCGAGGCAUGAAGCUUGGACCAAGAUGACAUCCUAUAUCGACAAGAGGUGUCUCGCAAGGAUAGUAGGCAUGGACGAAAGAGGCGAUGCCCUCGUGGACGCCGUCAUGGCGAGCAGUCAAGACGAAUCUGAAGCCCAACAUCCUUCACUUGCCUCAGCCGAGCGACGGACCACAUGGGGCAAGCAGAGAGAUGCUGCUCCUACAGCCGUAUCACAGCAUGCCAGAGACGAGCAAAGCGAUGCAGUCCUGAGAUUCGUCAAGCUCGAUCUCAAGCGCAGUUGGCGACAAGGCGCAGUGGGCGCAGAACUCACUCAAGACAGCAGGGACAAGUCUGGUCUGCUCGUACGGACUGUCCUUCAGCUCGGCGACCCUGGCCAGCUCCUCGGCGAACUGCAGCUAGCCUUUGUGCUCUUUACGCUCGUACACAACUUCUCGGCCUUGGACUCUUGGAAGUCCAUCGUCUCACUCCUGUGUCAGUCAUACUCGAUCCUCGGUCCUGCAAGGGAGGACUUCGACAAAAGGCCGGUCGUGCCAAAAUAUGUCGCGCUCAGGAUGUACCAGACCUUCCUGUCGACUGUCUUGCCGGCUCAGCUCGCGUCACUUCGGACAGAAUUCUUUGACGAGGAUCUGCCUGGGCUAGAUGCUUUCUUACACGAUGAGCUCGUCCGUCUUCGUGACACGCUUCGUUCGCUCGAGUCAGCCUGGUCUGCGCCUGCUCUGCCGACCAACGAAACCGGAGCAUGGUCAGACGUUUGUGCAGGCUGGCAAAGCCUGUCAGUCCAGACAUACGAACGCUUCGGCUGGGAACUCGGUUCAUCAAGCAAGCCUCUGCCGAUCCCGGCGACGAGUCUCAGGACGCCUAGCAAGACGCAACUACACUACAAUCUCUUGCAAGAUCCAGAUGAUGACGGUUACAUCGAAGAGGGCGAGGAUGCGCCGCAGCUUGUCGAGACGGAUGGCUAG